AGCUCCAUCUCCUAUCCUCCUCCUUCCUCCCUCUCCUCCUCUCCGGUCUCCACCUCUUCCUCCCCCUCCCCUCCCUCUCCAAACCCCCCACAGCCAUAGCCUUCGAGAGGGCUGGAGUCGGAGCAGGAGGCAUUCCUUGAAGCCUGGGCGCUCCAUCCAGAUCCGCUUUUUCGGGUCGUUUCUUGGUCGAUCUGGAGCAAGCCCCUCAAUCCCUUCUUCCAGAAAGGAGUCGCCUUUGCGCAGCUAGCUUCUGCCCUCUCCGCUCGUUGUUCUUAGUCUCGGAUCAUAUAUCCCCUUCCAGGAAAGAGGAGCAGCCUUCGCAUUUAUUCUUCGCCGGGCCUUUUGGGAGAUCGCUCUCGUCAAGAUUUGGUGGGAACCCAAUUCGCCGCGGCUCCUUGUGGAAAGGCGCCGCUUUGGUUCCUGUUCCGCCACAGUUUCCCACCUCUAUAUAUCUCACAUCUCCUGUCCACCUACUUGCCUAACUUCCUUUUACUUUGUGAUCCACCGGUUUUGCCUUCCCCGUAUCGUCGUCUGAUCGGUGUCUAGUAGUUUCUUGAUUUGACGCAGGCCAGAUCGCUUUCUGGCCCCUUUUUUCCCGAGUUUGUCAAGAGCUUGUUCCUGUCGUUUGUCGGAGAGAUGGCUGCGGCGAACGGAAGCGGGGCUGCGCUGUUCAGCGAGGAGGAGCUUCGGGAGGUGAGCGGGGUGCGGCUUGGCGACGGCUUCGUCGAGGUCAUGUGCGGAUGCACCAGCCGCCGCUACGGCGACGCUGUAGGUCGCCUCCUCAUCUACCCGUCAGGCGACCUGGCGAUUAACUGCGAUUGCACGCCAGGCUGCGGUGAAGAUAAGUUGACUCCUUCCGCCUUUGAGAAGCACUCUGGAAGGGAGACUGCAGGAAAGUGGAGGAACACCGUGUGGGCCAUGGUUGAAGGAGAGAAGGUUCCACUCGGAAAGACAGUUCUGCUCAAGUACUACAACCUGUCACACAAUGGUUCAAACAAAGGCCGUAGUGGACGUCUAUCGCACCGGGAUGAGUUCAUCCGUUGUACUAGGUGUGACAAGGAGAGGAGAUUUAAGCUUCGGACCAAGGAAGAGUGUCGUGUUUACCAUGAUGCUCUUGCAAAGCUUAACUGGACAUGCGCAGAUCUCACAACUGAUAGGAUGAGCUGCGAUGAUGACGAGGAGCGGGGGAGCCGCAAGGUUCUGAAGGGGUGCUCCCGCGCGGCGUCCUGCACCGGCUGCAUGAAGUGCGUCUGCUUCGGGUGCACGAUGUGCCGCUUCACCGACUGCGCGUGCCAGACCUGCGUCGACUUCUACAGCAACUCAAGGAGUAGGAUGAUCUGACAACCAUUCGUUCCAUUCGUUGAGACGACACCCCCUUUGCCGAGGCUGCCAUCCUUGGCGAUCCGGAGGGGGGCCGGAGCUCUAAGUAUGCCCCCAAGCAUAAAUGCUGGGGUGGCCUUAUUCUGAGACUUUGUUAUUUAGUUCUGUGGCUGGCUUCCGUUUCCAUAAAAACAGACCUGGGGAAGCAAGCUGUUCGUUAUUGGAUACAAUUCGUUGACAGUUUAUAUUGAAUUGCGUUCUACA